AUGGCUGCAGAACAAGUUCUUAGAUUGCUAGAUUCCUUCUGGUUUGAGGCAUCAAUUCUCUCCAACAAAACCCCUUCAGCCUCUCACAACAUCAAGGUGGAGGAAGUGCUUCCUCUUGAUGCAAAGCUUUCACUAGUUCCAACUCCAAGCCUAGAAGUGAGGUCCUACAGUGACCAAAACUUGGACUCCACAACAUGUACUUUCUGUGAUUCCCCUUCACCGAAUUCUGUGCUCACCCUUCAAGGGCUGAGGACGAUCCCUUCUGAGAGGGAAAUCAUAGAAUUCUCUAGUGGAAUUCAUGGAAAGGAAAGUGUAAACUUUAAGACAAAACAAAAGGGGUUUAGGCAUGGAAGAAGGCUCAGCAAAGAGAGAACCAGCAGGAGCCUAUCAGAGCUUGAGUUUAAGGAGCUAAAAGGGUUUAUGGAUUUGGGGUUUGUGUUCUCUGAAGAGGACAGGGAUUCAAAAUUGGUUUCCUUGAUACCAGGUUUGCAAAGAUUGGGAAGAGAUGAAGAUGAAGGGCAAGGUGAUGAAGGUGUGGUUUCUGAUAAUAUACCUUAUUUGUCUGAGGCUUGGGAUGUUUUGGACCAAAGGGAGAUGAAAAAUCCUUUGCUGAAUUGGAGGGUACCAGCUAGGGGUAAUGAAAUUGACAUGAAGGACAAUCUUAGGUUCUGGGCUCACACAGUUGCAUCCAUUGUAAGAUAA